UAUGUACCUAUUUUGGUAACUUGAAUAAAAUUAAUCGAUUUAUCUAAUUUUUACACAAUGUUAAGAUAGUAUUCACCUUUUAAGUCAUAGUACAGGCCUGUUACUGUUUGUUUCUAGAUGUUUGGUAUCAUUUUCAGAAUGAUAAUGUAUAAAAUAUUACUGUAAUAGGCAUAUCUGCAGUUUUUUAUGAGUAACUAACAUGGGUAACCAAAAUAGUUGCUGUUGUUAUCGUAGCCCAUCACCUAUCCGCAAAGAUAUUGUGAAACUAGAAGAUUAUCUUCCAGAAGGUGAAGUUAGUUCAAAUAAUAUACAGCAUAUCAGUGAAAGGGAGCCAGAUGAUGGUGAUAUUGAUCCCUCUCAAGAUCCCAUUGCUGGUACUAUUUUUAUGGAGAGAUCAAAAGCUUCUAUUGAAAAUGGUAUGACAAGAAAAAGAAGCCAACAUCAAAUUGCAGAAAAUAAGAUGAAAAAAAGCAGUUCCUGUUCUACAAUUUAUUUAGAUGAUAGCACUGUUUCUCAGCCUAACUUGAAAAAUACUGUCAAAUGUGUUGCUCUUGCUAUCUACUACCAUAUAAAAAACAGAACAUCUGAACGUAGGUUAGAUAUAUUUGAUGAAAAGUUGCAUCCUUUAAGCAAGGAUGGGGUCAGUGAUGAUUAUGAUAGGUAUAAUCCUGAACAUAAACAAAUUUAUAAAUUUGUACGAACUCUGUUCAACGCUGCACAACUCACAGCUGAAUGUGCUAUUAUUACAUUGGUUUAUUUAGAGAGAUUGCUGAUAUGUGCCGAGUUAGAUAUAGCUCCAUCAAACUGGAAAAGAAUAGUAUUGGGAGCAAUUCUACUUGCUAGUAAGGUGUGGGAUGAUCAAGCGGUCUGGAAUGUUGAUUACUGCCAAAUUCUAAAGGAUAUCACAGUGGAGGAUAUGAAUGAGUUAGAGAGGCAAUUCUUAGAAAUGCUUCAGUUUAAUAUAAAUGUACCUUCUAGCGUAUAUGCAAAGUAUUAUUUUGACCUCCGAACAUUAGCUGAAGCCAAUGACUUGGCAUUUCCUAGUGAGCCUCUUAGUAAAGAAAGAGCUCAAAAAUUGGAAGCAAUGUCUAGAGUAAUGGAAGACAAGAUUUCUGCAGAAAUAGUUAAGAAUGGUUUAAAGAAAUGGUCAAGUUUAGACAAUGUCAAUUCUGGUGCUGGAGUAAGGCGCAGUGUUGCCAUACUUUCAUAAGUUCUUGAAGAAAUUUUACAAUUUUGGAUUUUCAAAAUGUAUAUAUUUUAAUAUUGCACCAGUUUAUAAUUCAAAAUUGUGUAAUACAUUAAUGCUUUUAUACACCUUGAGAUUUGCUAUUUUAAUUUAUAGCAAUCAUCAAGGAAGACAAGUUGGUAAAGUACUUUUAGACUACAAUUCUUAAAUAUUAUUUUAUAAUGAGACAGCCAAUAGUUAGGGAUUAAUGAUCUGAUCUCUUCAUAUUUGAAUCAUGAAAUGUUAAUUAUAUUAAUUCUUAGAAUGAAAGACUUGUAAAUUGUGGUCCAAUAUAUUUUGUAUUAUAUCCAUAAACUACAGUAACUUGUUUCUUUUUCUUUAAUAUGCUUCCAGUUGCUUUUAAUUAUUUUUAAGAAGCACUAAAGAUAGAUUGCUUCCAAAGCUUUUUUGCUUAGUAUAUUUAAGAUAUUGUCUAGAAUGUUAAAUUUGUCUUGACUGAACUAAAGUUUUGUGAUUGUGGUAUAAAUGUAUUAGUCACUUCUUUUAAAAAUAUUCUAAUAUUGCAUUUAGAUUGGAAGUAGAAUGCGUAUGAAUCAUGCCAAAUUAUUUUAUAAUCUAAUACAAUUAAGUAAGCUUAAUAAGUAAGGGACUUUAAGCAGUUACUAUGUUACUUAUGUUGGCAAUAACUAUAUUUUAUCUGUACAAUAUAGUAUAGGAAUUGAUUUAUAUUAUUAAUACCUACUGAUUUAUUCCAUAUGUAAUUCAGAAUUCAUAAUUAUUGUAUCUUAUUAAGAGGAAUAAACAUUUUAUAUGAGACUUUCAA